CCCAAUUGUGUCCCCGUGUCUCCACUAACUAAACCCAAUUGUGUCCCCGUGUCUCCACUAACUAAACCCAAUUGUGUCCCCGUGUCUCCACUAACUAAACCUCCCCACAGCAAUAAUAAACCAGCUGAUGACAGUGGGAGGGGACAUAAUGUCCUUGGUUCCUGUGGGAAAGAGUGGGAAACACAUGGGAACUGCUGUAGACUACGCUAUGCAUGUGUUCUAUCAGGACAAACGAAUAGCGCACACUCCAUUCCACGCCCUGACCCCGGCCGAGAGGGAGAUAUACAUCGCCAGAACCAACCUCCUCAACCACAUGUCUACACUUCUCAGGGACGAGGUCCAGAAACGGGAACAGACCAUGAGAGAAGAAGCAGAGUUGAUGGAAGCUGAGGGAAAGAAAGGACACAAACCAAAGAUGCUGUUCAAGUAUUGUUACGAGUGUGGUCGCAGCACUGGCGUAAAACUUUCUCCCUGUACGAGAUGUUUCACUGUUUCCUUCUGUUCUCAACGGUGUAAACUAAAAGCCUGGACCAGCCGCCACAGGAAGGAAUGUACUAAAUUAGAGAACAAACAGAAGGAAAAGAAGGAGAGGGGACCUUCUGUUUCUGUUUCUCCACCCCCUGUUAAAGUAGUGAAAAAGGAGGAGUCUGCCUCAAAAUCAGACACGGGCAAAAAAGGCAAAACACGCUCAGUCUCCAAAGAUAUAUUCGGAAAGAAGAACAAACGGGACAACAGACGAGGCAAGGACGACGACCAGCCGGAGAUGAUAACCCACGCUCUUCCUAGGAUCGUUAACCUGCAGCACAGUAACAUCUAGGAAUUUCAAGAAUUACCGCCUCCAGAGAUCUCAGAUCUUCCACUGACUAUUAUGAGGGCUGAUGUGUAGCGCGGACUGCAGCUGCUUUUAUGCGAAGUUCAUACCGCGGCGCGGAGCUCUGAUUGAGAUCGGAAUUCUUGCGAUCAAUUCUUUUAGUAAUCAUAUCAGACGGAUGGAUUUUGAAACAUGCUCAUAUUAACAAAUGAAGUCAAGGGUUAUUUAGUUGAAUAUAUUUAUUAACAAGAAAUGAUGAUCGUAAUAAAAUUAGUAAUUCGCACAAUUAUUGAAGAAUUAUUGAAUUGAGGUGAAUUGAUUAAUAUAUCCGCCGGGCCGACCGUUACCCUUUCCGGCCUUACACACAAUUUUGAUUAAAAAUUAUGAUGAUCAUAACGGUAUUUUUUACUUCAUUGAGGAAUGAGAAUCAAUCUCUUUUGUAAUAUUUUCCCAGAAUUUACAAGUGUCAUUACGAUUUUAAAGGCACCAAAAGAGACUUCACGGGCCUGCUGUAAGUGUAAAUUAUUAUCCACUUCAAUGUAUUUAUAUAUGUUUAAACUUUAAAACUAAUCAUGAGCACACUCACUCACAAAUAUUUGAUGUAUGAUGUAAAUUUUGUAUAUAUGUUCAGAAUCAGAUGUGAAUUAUACCACUUCCUCAGAAAAACUUUUAUCCCGCUA